AUGGCCCCAAGUCUACAGGAGUUGAUUGAUUUCCUCCUUGGCGAGGUCGCGCUAUGCGGCAACCAGGGAGCAACAAUUUCAACUGUGCUCCAAGCGAUCGAAACUUUUUAUAAGAAUGCUUCCCAGGAUGCAACCCAACUGCGCCAGACCGUUGACCGCCGUUUCAAGGCAAAAGUUUGGACCUGGCUAACGCAACAUCCCGAGGUAUCGGUAGGCCAGGAAAACGAGUGGCAAGGCCUCUCUCUGGACGAGGCCGAAAAGCUUGACCGUGAGGACCAAGAGCCAAGGGACUCGAAUGUACAGGAGAUAGAGGCCGAGACAUCAUCCACGGUUGCGCAAAUUCGAAUCUUCGUCCCUCGGGAACGGACCUGGCAUGCGGUCGCCGGCCAUGGCCCUGACGAGACCAAACUUCCCCAUUCGGAAUUUGUCUUACUUUCAAUCAUCGCCGCCCACCGAUCAGCAGGCAUUGAUCAAGUCAGACUGGUGAAACUGAGUGGCCAAGAUAAACGGUCCGUUCCAAAGCGAACAGAUGCUCUCCAGAGAAAGGGAUACAUCGAAAAGCGUGCCGUUCAAAUCAAAUCAGCGCGGACUAGUCUAUGCACCCACAAGCGAUUCCUCAGAAAUGCAUCCGACAAUCAAGGCCACCAGAAAUCCCAAAUCGCCACUCAGGACAAAAAUAUUAUUGAUUUCGAGGCAUUCACCACUCAGCUUUUCGAAAUUCUCAGGAAAGAGCAGAUCAUUUCACGUAAUGACCUAAAGAGGCUUCUAGGUUUCCAAGACCGCUGGCGCUGGAAAAUUCUAUCUCGAGCCAUUCGCAAAUUCGAAAGAAUGGGGGUUGUUGAGCGCGUGAGAGCCGAGUCACAGUACGAAAAGCUACACCCUUGUGUUAUACUCAGGCGUGAACCCACCGCAAAGGACUUUUCUAGUUUUCAUGAAUUCAAUGGGGAUGCCUUGAAUGCUGAUGUCGAUGACCAAGCCGAUGAUGAUGAGGAUAUGGAGAUCGAUACUGUGCAGCAAACAUCUGGUGCCGACGACGGAGAUGUGGAUAUGGCCACGGAAAAGCACGUCGUGAAGUCUGGGCCAGUUAUGCCCAUAUGGACACCGGAUCGCCAUGUCACGAACCAAAUAUUUGACAUCAUUGAUCGAUCCGGCCCAUGGGGACUCACCAAUUUGGAAAUCAACAAACUCUGCUUUGGAACCUUCUACCGCAGACCUUCGGAGAGCUUACUACACCGUCUCACUGAUUGCUGGCAGCUCUCACAGCCUCUCCACCUGCGGCACUUUGCCCUUCUCAGGGACCAGGAUAUUCAAAAAACCAUUAUCUUUUACAGGAAUUUCUCCAUGAAGAACUUUGCCGAACGUGUCAAGACUGGAAUAACAUCCUGGGAGGCCGUGGAAUUUUCCACUGGCAGUAAGAAAAAGAACACCCCGAAGAUCCCAGGACCGGAAGCAACAGCCCAACUCGAUCAAUAUGGAUUUCCUCUCACCGGGCCGCCGACGGGAUUGCUUAAAGGUGGCAGAGGAACAUUGUAUCAGGGGUUGCUUGCUGCCAAUCCCAAAGACUACAAACUGACCAAUCAUGAUCCGGCGGUAAUACUACUUCCAAAUGGUGAUUUCACUAUCAGGGCCGGGCACAUAAAAACCCAGGCUGGGACAACAGGAAUUCCAGGUACAAUGAAGCCGCACGGUAUUCUGAAAGGCCCUUUCAAGAAGCGCGAAUUAGAUGACCCCGGCGAGGAAGUGAAUGGCAUCAACCUGGAAGACACCCCAACACAGUCCAUGCAACGGGCGAAAGUUUCCAAAGCCAAGCUUAAUAGACUGACGGGCCUUUCCAGAAAAGAGAGAUUUGAGGCGAUGGGCAUGGAUAAAACUUGGACCGAAUACAAUGCCUUGUUAAUGGAUAAGCCUUCGCCUGGUGUUUACAUUACGCCGGAGGGCAAAAGAAGGCCGGCAGGCAAAAAGCAAGGCAGGCCAAGAAAGAGUCGGAUCGCUGUCUUCAAAUCUCCCAACAUCCUCAACAUGCCGUGGUUCAUCAAGGAGAAAAGUGAUUCAGAUGGUGAUCAGCUUGCCGAUGAGGGUCAACAGAGUUCGAACUCCCACCCGCGGACUUCUAUCAAACGACCCCCGCCUGGCUUCAACCAACCCGACUCUCCUAGUCCAUCAAAAAAGCCGAGGGGGGAAUCUAGGAUGCAGUCUGAGACUGAGGAGCCUGGAGAUCUUGCUGGGUUAGCAGUGUCACCGGAGACCGAAGCCGCAAUCGCUGUAUCAGAAAUCCCAACUACUGAUGUGGAUGGCAAUUCUGAACAAGCUGAUGCCACGGCUAAGCAUCCGCGCAGUGCUGAAGACAGUCAAACGUCUCCAAAUAAACGACAGAGGAUUGCGUCACCUGAGCGAGCCGAGCCUGAAAUUGCUGCUCAUUUGGUUGCACCUGAAAAUUCCAUCGCUCUCGAAGAGGGGACGAUGGAGCCUCCUGCCACACCGAUGGCCGCAGAUGAUCCCAAUUCAGAGGCACGGAAAGGAAGGAAAGUGCAACCCAAAAGGGCAGAGAAAGGCGGAGGCUCUAUCAAUCUGCUCCGAAGGAAGAUCGUCAUGGAUAUUGUUGAGAAGGCUGGGGGUGCAUAUCCUUCCGGGCAUGAGAUUUGGUAUCCAUUUGUGACUGAGUGGAUGAGGUUGAAAUUCAAGGAGAAGCCAGAUCUGCGAACCGUGAAGAUGGCAAUCAAGCAUCUGGUCGAUGCUGGCAAGCUUCGGCAACUCACUUUCAGCGGCAAAGAUCUAUCCGAUGUGAUGGUUACAAAGACUAUGGUCACGAAACCUGAAAUCCCGCCCGAUGAUCCGUUGGUCAAGGAGAUGCAAAAGAAAGUGCUAGCCACGGAUCGAGCCUUUCCGAAGGUAUCCUACUCUCCAAAUAUCGUCCUGGACCCCACUGUUUCAAAGCACAGCUCGCGCGCCACUGGGCAGAAGCAGGAGCUGCGAGUUGAAGAAGGAACCAUGGUUAGGUUGCAAACGAAACCAGCGUUUGUUGUCAACUCGGAAAAGAGGAGGGACCGACGAGUUGAAAUGGCUUUAUACAAACGAGUGGUUGGACAAGCUGAUCAUGAUUCCGAGGAUGACAAUCUUGAUAUUCCUGGUUUCGCUCGACUCAUGCAGAUUAAACGACCACCGGCGGUGGAGGAAUUCGCGCCAGGAUCUCAUAUCAAGCAAACGAUCAUUUUCAGACCUAAGAAGACGAACUUGAGCCAGAGACAGCGGGGAGAGCGGGACACUCUGUCAAAGAGGACUGUGAGAAAGAUCUCCAGUCCUGGCGGGUUUAGUUUGAUCAUGAACCCGCAACAGACGUUCCACCCCAGCAGUGGCACUUUUGCUACUCAAGGUGUCGCGGGCCGAAUGCGAAGGGUACUUCCAAGGAGGCUUGCCACCAUCUCGGACCCUGUCCGUAAGCUUUCUCAACUUGCCACUGCGAACCCGGAUCACCAGGACUUCCACCGCACGAGUGAUAAAAUUGCCAGGUGGGAGAUCGGCCAUGAGGAUCUACUUGAUGCUGCCCUUCCUGAUGAAACGUAUAUUUCGCAGACUGUUAGGAACAGUUUCUAUGGGGCUCCCAUCGACGGUCGGAUUCGCUUUGAUAUCGAUGAACCCGAACCAGCACCCCUGCCGCUGCCGACACCAAUGAAGACUAGAAGAGGCGGCAGGAAGAAGCAGAAAGACCACCAGGAACGACGAUUAGAAAAGGUCGAUACGUCCACUCCGGCUCGCGCAAGAUUCCAGCCAACGCUGCCAGCUACACCUCGACCCGCCAAACGACGUACCUUCCAACCAAUCCCCGAAGCUCUGCUUCGGAAAAUCAUGCUCGCUAUCGUUGCCGUACGUGUUUUGACAGGUGGGACGGAAGCACGGCAUGUUGACUGGGAUCUGGUGGCGGCUUGUUUCCCUGGACAUGAUGCACCGUCUUUGAUCGAGAGGGCGCGGAAUGUGCUAAACCGAAACCGUUUGCAGAUUAUGAAGAUGCAAAACGAUUUCCAAGAUAGAUUCUUGGAGGCAUAUGCCAAUGACCAGGUUCCCGCAAUCGAUUAUACAAAAUUGGAUAGCUACGCCUGGCCAGCAUUGAUUGAAUGGGCAAACUUCCAGCUGGAAGUUUCAACAUCCGAGCGGGCACCUUCACUCCCCGCAACCCGUGAACAAUUCGAUGACAUUUUCGCACUCCGCGAAGAGCCCGUUCCUAACGCCGAUGAGAUUUUCACAACCACGGUCGGAAUGACUCUCAAUUACAGACGUGGAGUGAUGGCCCAGACUCCAUUUGCCGUGAUGCUAGAUGAUGACGGAAAGUCCAAGCAGGACAGCCAUCGACAACAAGAGCUGAAACGGGAAGAGGUUACCAAGUCAUUUGUUCGAGCCAAUAUCGUCACGCCAGAAGAUACCUACGACCCAGCCAAGUCCAACACAAUCCUCGAGCGAUUCGGCGAGAAACGUAUCCAGUCAGCGGUGGAGUCCUUGGUGAAAAAUCGCGUUAUCGGCCAGAAUAAUCGUGGCCGUGUGGCACCGGGUCGCAAUUACGAUAUCACCGAUCAUCUCCUCCAACAACUGAACCGCAGACGUCUGAUCGAAUGUGGUAUUCUCAAACAAGCGGCAACAUUCAAGACAUCGACACUUGACCCGAAGAUGCGAGACGAGGGCACCGCCGAGGUUCAAUACAAUGCGGAAGACGGCCAUAUCCUGGCUACGAUCAACCUCUUCGCCAACGGUCAUGUCAAAAUCUUCCCCCGUGGAGCGCCGCGCGAUAAAUUCGGCCUUGUAGAUGAUGGAUAUCUCACACGGCAAAUGGACAAAACGAAACUUCGCUUUGCGGUUGAUGUCAAACCAACUGAUUCCUAUGUCUACGGCAAUCCUAUUAAGGAGCGUGUUACUAGCACCAUGCCCCCAGCAUUGUCUCCGCCCGAGGAAGGCGUCCCGCAGAAGAUUCCUCUUUGGAUGGAUCUCAAUGGACAUCUCGUGGAGCCGCUAUGGGAGAUGGGACUUGCUUCUGUACUGGGAUGCUUGGUGCUGCGGGAAGGUCUCUCGGCGAAGGGUAUCAGUAGCAUGAUCAAGCCGGCGAUGGCGCCCUGGGAGAUCGAGGCGAUGCUUGGUUGGCUGACAGAUAUCGGUGUUGUACAUGGGGAGGAAAUUGGAUUGGAGAAGAGAUGGAAAGUACAGGAGUGGUGGUGGAUGGUACUUUCAUAA